AUGGUUUCACUUACCUGGAGAGGCCAUAGGGCUCAUGUACCAAAGACCUUCACUUCUUGGGAAGUGAAAGAAGACGGCCAAGAUGACAAGAGCUUCAAUAGAUGGACGAAUCGACACAUCAUUCCUGCACCACCAGAAGAGCGACGCUACACUGCGAAGGGGUACUUUGGUUUCUGGAUUGCUGCUGCUGUCAAUCCCUCGGCAUGGUCAUUAGGAUCUAGUAAUCUAGCAAAUGGAUUGACAGCAGGUGAGGCGAUUGGGAUGGUGUUCGUGGGAUCGUUCAUCGCUGGUCUCAUUGCCUUUGUUUGUGGAGAGCCAGGCGUGCAAUAUCAUCUUGGCUUCCCGAUGAUGAGUAGAGCAGCCUUUGGCAUGUACGGAUCCUACUUUGUAGUCAUGCUAAAAUGUUUCGUGAACUUCAUCUAUUUCGGUAUUCAAGCUUACUGGGGAGGCCUUGCGGUCAAGGUCGUGCUUUCGAGCAUAUUCCCCUCCUUCCAACAUAUGGCGAAUACUCUUCUCGAGUCAGCAGCCAUCACCACGAACGAGUUGAUUGGAUUCGUCAUCUACAUCAUCAUUUUCACACCAUUGAUGUUGGCAGUCAGCUCUGUGGCCGGAGCUUGGACUGGAAGCAGUAUCCGCCAAGCAGAUUGGACACGAUACUCUCACACCAAACGGGCUCCGGUACUCAAUCAACUGAUCACAGUCCCUCUUUCUAUCACGAUCACAGCUAUGCUCGGGGUCUUCGCAACGAGUGCAGUGAAGAACAUGUACGGAAAGGAAAUUUGGCAACCUAUCCAACUCCUCGAGUUUCUGUUGACGGAUAAUUACAAUGCGGCAACAAGAGCUGGAUGUUUCUUUGCUGGAAUGGGAUUUUUCUGGAGUCAAAUCUCUGUCAACCUUGUUCAAAAUUCCGUAGCAGCUGGUAUGGACCUUGCUUCGAUCGCUCCUCGAUGGAUUGAUGUCAAACGAGGAAGCUUGAUCAUGUGUGUCGUUGGAUACAUCAUUAACCCGUGGCGAUUUGUCAACUCGCCAGGCACCUUCAUCACCGUCUUGAACUCCUUCGGAAUGUUCAUCUCACCGCUUGCUGCUAUCAACGCGGUUGAUUUUUGGAUAAUCAGAAGAAGAAAUUGGAAAGUCCCCGAUCUCUAUGUUGGAAAUUCGACGUCGAUAUAUUGGUACCAAUUCGGCUUGCAUUGGCGAGCUUUUGCAGCUUGGACGUUGGGAAUUUGGCCUUCUUUUCCCGGCUUUGUCGAUGCAACUGGUGGUGCUACACUGGCUCCUGCGUGGUUGAAAUGUUUCAAGCAGCUUGGUUCAUCGGAUUUCUAG